AUGGCUGCAUCGGCAGACCACAGAAUGCAGGCCCCACAAGGGCAGCAAAAUGCUCCAUCACAACAACAGCAGCAGCAGUUAACGGAUUCUGAUCCGGUUCAUCGAGUUAAGAUUCUUGUACCAAGGUUAAAAGAGUCACUUGCGAAUUUGAUCAAAGUAGCAGGCCAGUCAUUACGCCAGAAUGCCAUGACAGAUGAUGGAUUACGUCCAGCAGACAGCCAACAGCAAAAGUUUGAGAAAAGUCUGGAAGAGUUUUACUCUCUUUGUGAUCAAAUUGAGUCCAAUUUGAGACUUGCUUUAGAAAUUCAUCAACAGAAUGCUGACAGUCAGAAAUUCAUCCCAUUUACGGUCAACGUCCCGAAAGAAAACAAUCAGUGGCCGGAAACUCCUACAGCGGUACCUUACACUCAGUUCCUCUCCAUGGUUAAACAACAAAUCAACUGUGCUAAGGAAAUUCAUGAUCUCCUCAUGGACUGUUCUAAGAAAAUAUCAGACUGAGAGGGGGGACAUUUUGUCCUUGCUCAAUAAUAUACCAGGAGAAAGUCUGAGUUUCAAAAACUAUUUUGAGCAGAAGUUCUGAUAAAGUAGUUAAAUCUUGUCUUUUAAUGAUUUGAACAGAGGUACUAACAUACACAACUGUUUUUUAUGCUGACCUUCAAGUUGUGAUGAUCAUCGUAGAAAGGUUAUCAAAAAUCGAAAUAGACUGGAAAGUCUAAUUCUUCAUUUUCUAGUUUUUUUUCGUAAUUAUUAUGUUUUUGCAAUUUUACUCGAUGUAUGAAGCAUAAUAACUUUUUUCUUGUUUUAUGCUAUCAUUGAAAAUAGCUAAAAGAUUGUUUUUUGAAAAUAGCAGUUAUUAUAGUACAUUGUAUAUGGCUAUGUAUAAGUUUAGAAAAGAAGUGGUAUGAUACAAUGAAUGUUUAACUGUUUUGUAUCAUUCCUGUACAUAUUUUUAGCUGUUUUCCACUGAAUCCAGGGUUUUUCUUUACUUGAGGGUAUAUGUACACACUUUCCUUAGGCUUUUAUGUUUGAGUACAAAAAGUGUGAGUUUUAAAGUUGUUGGGUCAAGGUCACUGUCACUAUUGUUAAAAAAAUCUUUAUCAGCACUCUAGUGACUUCAUUCCAAGUGGGAAAAAAAACUCACACACUCACAGAUGACCAUAACACAACAUAUUGGCCAGUGAUUCAGAUUGGCCCAGCUUUCUUUAGGACAGAUGUCCUAAAGACUGAAAUUUUCUAAGGCCCAUUUUGUCCGAAAGAACAAAACAUUUAGGCCACAGUCAAACGAUAAACAAUUAUUUUUAUGCACAAGACAGUCACAGAAGUAGAGUACAUCAGCCAUUUAAAUUGUUGUAACCAUUUUUGAUGAAAUUUUCUGGCUGUCGUGGUUUUAUUUUCUUAUUGUUUGGUAAUUAUAAUUGUUUCGUCCUGUUCCGGUGUUGGUCUAAUAACACCGCAAGAAAAUAACAUUAUUCAAUGGAAAAUUUAUCGGCCAUUUAGUCUGAAAACCUGAAAUACUUCCGGCCUUUAUGUCCCAAAUUCAUAUUUUUUUUCGGCCAUUGGCCGAUGGCCGGGCCCAAUCUGAAACACUGUAUUGGUGAUGUAUUUGUUAACAAUUUGCAUUGUGUAUCAGAUUAUGUGUUUAAUUUGAGUUGUUUGUUUGCUGGCUGUAUUGCCAUGAGAACAGGGCCAUUUUGAAGAAGUGUCUCCUUGUAUGGUGUCCUCCACAAGGACACAACAACAGACCAGUCCAUUUCUCAGCUUUCUGAGAUACACACUUCCAUGGUGAGAUAUUAUCAGAUCAAGCUCCUCAGAUCUCCACAUGUGGUUACAUAGGCAAGUGCCAAAUCAACUGAGAUAUUGAGGCUCCUCUGGGGUGAAUCUGUAUGUAUGGAUGUAUGUGAUGACAGAGAAAUGGUGAAACUAUGUGUAUAUGAAUGAGUGUGUGAUUGUACAUGUUAAUAUAACUAUUUAUAGUUAUGACGCAAUCAUUAAACAUGUAAAAUUGACCAUGA